AUGGUUUGUUCGUGGAAGGACUUGUAUGAUAAUGACUCAAGUAUUCUUAUGCAGACAAAAGAAAAAUUAAUUUUGUCUUAUGAGUUAAAAUCGAAAUGUGAAGACUUGCUGAGCAACAUUGUUGAAUACAACUCUUGGAAAAAAGUAUAUACCGUGCAUGCCAUCCUGCUCUUCCAUCUGAAGAUAGUUGCCAGUUGCUCCAAUGCAACAUCUGAAAUCAUCAAUGCCGAAGACUUUAUUAGUCUCAUUUCCUACAUAAAAGCUACGGAAUAUGGCAGUAAAGAAUUGUCGAAUGUCGUAAUUUAUUUGAAACAUUACAGCGGACACAAACCAUACAGAAUAACCAUUGUGCCUCUUUUUGAUCAUUUCCAUUUGGUACUUCUCAAUAAGAUGGAAUACACCAAAGAAUAUAUGGAGUUCUUAAAAUUAUCAUAUUACCUUCACAAUCUAACAAUUCCUGUGGAUUCUCAAAACUCUUUAGAAAAUAGAUAUAAAAAUUUAACUGCAGUCAAAAUUCAUUUGAAAAGAAUUGUUGAUUUAAUGGGAAAAGUUGAAGGGUUACCAAACAAUGCUUGCACAUCUCAAACCUUCCGCACGUUAUUCAGUUACGUUAAUCAAUCGUCUUUCAUCAACGAACUAAAUAGAAGUGCUUGGUCUGUAAGAACGGAAAACACGAUUUCUAACGCGGUUGACAAAUGUUCGACAAUAUGCAAAAUAUUCAUUGAUGUCUCUUCAAAUAGCUUGCUAUCGAAAGAACAUCUGAAUGUUUUAAAGUUCUUCAUAUAUGAAGCUGUCAGCAAUGACUCUACUCUUAAAUUGCUCAAUCGAAACGUCAUGAACAGUUACCAUUGGGAUUAA